CUCUUAGAAUUAAUGGCUACCAACUUCUCUAUCAUUUUCUUGAUCUUGGUUUCAUUUUCAUUCCCCUGUUUAAGUCUUGAUCAUCAUCCUAAACCUAACGAAGAUGAUCAAUUCUCCAAACUCUUCCAGGAAUGGAAGGAGAAGCAUGGGAAAGUUUACGAGUAUGGAUCGGAAGAAGAAGAAAAGAGGUUUCGGUAUUUCAAGAACAACUUGAACUAUAUAAUGGAGAGGAAAUCAAGAAAAGGUGAUAGGGAAGAACACAAGGUGGGGAUGAACAAAUUUGCUGAUUUGAGCAAUCUGGAGUUUAGAGAAAUCUAUUUGUCAAAGAUGAACAAGCCUUUGAAGAAGAAGAUGAUGAGCCGCCAUGUUGAAAGUUGUGAUGCUCCAUCUUCCAUGGAUUGGAGAAAGCAUGGCGUAGUUACAGCCGUUAAGGACCAAGGCAGAUGUGGAAGUUGUUGGUCUUUCUCUUCAACCGGAGCCAUUGAAGGAAUUCAUGCAAUUAUGACUGGAAAUCUCAUAAGUCUCUCUGCUCAAGAACUCGUGGACUGCGACAAAAUUAACUAUGGUUGUAACGGAGGAUAUAUGGAUUAUGCUUAUGAAUGGGUUGUUAGAAAUGGUGGCAUUGACUCUGAAUCCGAUUACCCUUACACAGGAAUAGACGACACUUGCAACACUAAGCAAAACGAGAAGGUGGCGACUAUAGAAGGCUAUAAAGAUGUCAAUCAGAAUGAGAAAUCUCUACUUUGUGCAGUUGCUAACCAACCCGUAAGUGUUGCCAUAGAUGGAAGUGCCAUUGAUUUCCAACUCUACACCGAUGGUAUCUACGAUGGUGAUUGUUUGGGUAACCCUAGUUACAUAGAUCAUGCUGUUCUUAUAGUAGGCUAUGGAUCUAAAGGAGAUGAAGAUUAUUGGAUUGUAAAAAACUCAUGGGGAAGUGAUUGGGGAAUGGACGGUUAUGUCUAUAUAAGAAGAAACACAACAAAAACAUACGGUGUUUGUGCUAUUAAUGCAGCGGCUUCUUACCCAACAUUGGAAACUUCUCCAUACCCUUCUCCGGUUGCUCCGCCACCUCCACCACCACCUCCUCCUCCUCCGCCACCACCAUCGCCGUCUGCUUGUGGGAAAUUCGCUUACUGCUCGGCUAAAGAGACAUGUUGUUGCAUAUAUGAGUUAUUUAAUUAUUGCUUAUUUUAUGGAUGUUGUGAAUAUGAGAAUGGUGUUUGUUGCACUGGAUUUGGGACUGGAGUGGAUUUUUGUUGCCCUAGUGAUUACCCGGUUUGUAAUCUUCAAGACAGAAUCUGCCUCAAGAAUGAAGGAGACUAUUUGGGCAUGGAGGGGAAGAAAUGUAGAGUGGCAAAGCAUAAGCUUCCAUGGGUCGAGACAAGUGAUGAGGAUAUCGACACGAUGGCUAUGUAAUGGAAUAGAACGCCGUUUGUGGUUUGGAGAUUUUAUUUCAUCAUAUAUUUUUACUUUAUAAAUCUUCUUACUAGACUAUGUGAUUCUUAUGAACUAUCUUGAAUAUUUGUAUAGUAACUGGUAAAUUAGUUACUU